AUAGCGCGUUUUCAGAGACCUCCACCAAAACACGAGUCCCCCGUCCACAAAAUGUACAAAUCCUCAAACUUCCGCAAGUCCCAGCCUGCACAAGAUGCAGCCCCCGAAAAGUAUCGUUCUCAGGCCCACCAGCUCCAAGAAGCCUUCCCCGCCUGGUCGUUCGAGGGUAUGUUGCUCAUUUACAUGUCACGAGUCCUCUCUCAUUUACCUCUCACUCUCUCCAGACCUCCAGUCUUUGCUCGUCGAAGUAGGCGGCGAUGCAUCAAUUGCUGCCAUUCGAAUUGCUGAAGGCCACGCUGAGCAAUGGGGCUCUGUCAACCGCAAGAAGGACAAGAAGUCGCUUACACCCUCAAACUCCCAAUCAAAGGACCUCUCAAACGGUACUACUAGGGGUGAUUUCCGCGGUGGCAGAGGCGGUCGCGGAGGUAGGGGUGGUCCAGGACGGGGUGGUGCUGCUCGAGGCGCCUUCGCUCGCGGUGGUCACCAUGACACCAAUGGCCGCCAGGCCAGGGCCACUCCUAGCCAGUCCACAGAGGCAGUCGCUUCCAAACGUCAGGAAGACUCAGCCGCGACGGACUCAGCUGUGGGUACAGAUGGUUCCACCAAGUCCGCAGAAGAGCAUCUUGCACCAUCUGGAUCUCCCUCGGUGGGUGAUUCCAGCACUCAAGCCGUACCCUCUGCUUCUGCGACGAGCACUCCUACAACUUGGGGAAGCCAUCCCGCUGUAAAUGGCACAACUGUUCCUGCGCCUGCUCCUGCUGCUGUUCAACCUUCAGUCCCUCCCUCGUCCAAGCCUGCCCCCAAGACACCCGCAACAACGAAACUCUCAUGGGCUCAAAUUGCACGACCUCAUGAGAAGCCUGCACCCGCCCCUGCACCUGUUGCUCCGGCACCUGCACCCUCAGCCGUACCUACAUCAGCACCUGCAUCGGCUGCUCAGCCCGAACCUGUUCCUGCAUCUGCACACGAACCAACUCCCUCGUCUGAGCCCCUAUCUGAGCCUGCUCAACUGGGAUGGGAAGAGCCAACUACUGUCCAACCGCCCACAUGGGACGAUGAACUCACAUCGAAGUCUCAACAAGCCAUUAUUGCCGAGGAACCUAAGGCAAAGGAGGAAGCCCCCGCUCCAGCACCGCAGGCAGAGUCAGCGCCAGUGGCCCUUCCGUCCGCUCUUCCUGCUCAACUGCAAGCACCUGUUCCCAAGACUGAGUCACCUGCGCCAGUGAAGCCAACAACACCGGCUGCACAUACGAGGCCAUUAUCUGCAACUCACCGACACAGUGCACGCUUCAAGACUGACCAGGCCGUUGUCAUGCCUAGCGGCAGCUUCGGCGCUAAUGUUGAGAAGGUCGGAAUGCAAUUCGGUAGCCUUAGCUUGGCCGGCGAUGAGAUUGAGCCUAGCACAACCGAGUCUGCGCCUGAAGCUCCUGCUGCUCGUGCGCCUGAGCCUGAAAGUCAGCCUACUGCUGCACCUGUGCAGCAAUCUCCUGCGUUGCAUCUUCAGACCCAAGCCGCUGCCCAGGAAGCUGUGGCACCAGUUCAACUUCCGCCUUCUCAGGUGCCUCUCAACGUCGGACAGACACUCUUCCAGCAAACAAUUCCUCAACAGCAGGUUUCUGCACCUCCCGCUCAACCCCUCAGCCAACCUCAGCCGCAAGGUUUGCCUUCGUCCCUCACACAGUCCUCCCUCCCAUCCCAGGUGUCUGCUCAACAAGCCGCUGGAGCCUCACCUUACGCGCAUCAGAACCAGCCUGCUUCCCAACAAGGCCUCACGAGCCACCUCCCACAACAGCAGCAACCUACUCAGGCGCCCCUCCAUACUCAGCAGCAACAAUCGCUCCACCAAUAUGCCCAGCAUGGUUUGCCUACGCACCUUGAGGGUCCGCAGUCGCCUCCGGUCCCCCAGCAACAGCAGAGCGUCGGAGCUCAUUCGUCUUACUUCCGUCAACCCGAGGCUCCUUACUUCCACACUCCUACACCUCCUGUAUCUGCUGGACAAAGCCAAGAUAGUGCAUACGCCUCGUUUGGUCAGCAAUUGGGCAACCAGUUGCACCAGAACCAAGCUUCGCACCUUGCCGGAUUCGGUGGUGGAGACUACGGAUACGGGGAUAACCAGAGGUCAUUCUACGAUUCCUACUCUGGCAACCAGGCUGGAUUCAACAGGAACAGCAUGGGCUAUGACGACAUCAAGGGUCUGCAUGGCGGUCCUCAGCAGCCUCACGGUGCUCCUGGCCUUCCUCCAGCUAACUCUCAGCCAUCGCAACCCCUCCCUCAGUCGUCCCAGACCGGAAGCCAAUCGCAACCCGGCAGCCAAGGUCCUCAACAAGGAUACCCACCUCCUCUACCAUACUACUACCCUUACCAGCACAACCAGUACUAUGGUACGCCCUACAGCUCUGGCUAUUCUGUUCCUCAGCCUUUCGUGAAGUAUCCUGCCGUAUUCCAAGGCCCUCCCGGCCCUCAGUCCGCUCCUUCGCCCGCUGCGAAGCAACCCAGCACUGUGCAGCCCCAAUCGCCUUAUGGUCAGAGCUUGUAUGGACAACAACACCCUUCAAGCGCCUAUGAGGAGAUCAGCCACCAGCACCAUGGUCAACACGGUCAUGGGCAGAGCGUGGGUAGCCUCCCGUCUAACGAGUAUAGCAAGCAUCAGCUGUAUAGCAACAGCGGUCAGAGCAUGCAGAGCUUCAUGGGUCUCGGACAGUCCACUGGACCUUCAUCUGGACCUCCUUUGGGCCAGCGGGCUGCUGGAGGCUCUCCUGAGGCCGCUUACAAGCCAUAUGGCGCUAACGUUGGCGUGAAGGAUGUUGGAAGUGGUGUUGGCGUUGGUGUUGGCCAGAGUGGUGUUGGACAAACUCCUCAGGGCCGUGGUGGCGUUCAACAGCCUCAACAGGGUAGUUUCUAUAAUACGCAGCGAUUUGGGGCGUCUGCGAAUGCUGUACCUCCUUCUGGACAAUCUCAGCAACAUCAACCUCAAGGACAGGUUCCGCAGGGACACCUUGGGUAUGGUCAGGGCGGUUCGGAUGGGAAUGCUUUCUAUUCGUACCAGCCUAGGCAGCAACAGCAGCAGCAGUAUUGGCAAUGAUUUGGGCUUGAUGGACCGCCGCUUUUACUUAGGUGCAGCUUAUAGUUUGCCGUUAUAGGGAGUACAUAGUAUAAUGAUGUGCCUUUUUUCGUUAUUCACGUGCUAGCGAUAUUUUCUUCGUGCUCUCUCUUCUUCUUGUCUCGCUUUUUCUUUUUUUGGUCUUCUUUUUCUUACGAUUUCUCUCGAUUUCUCUCUCCUCUCCUCUGUCUCUCUCUGUUUGUUUUCUACCACUCAUCUGCUCUCUCGUAUCAUACAUCCUCAUCUCAGUCCUCACACUUUAUCAUGUCCAUGAUGUAUAUGUAUCGGUUGCACGACGAUGGACCAUCGAGUGACAUAUGUAACUUUCGCAAAAAAGGCAGAAGCAACUCAUUUCCGAAUCUCAAUUGUUAUGUUAUCUAGCGUGCUGACCCACGGUCAAAAAACUAUCAAGUGCCUGGGUUGUUGCCGGCAAACCAGAUCACGG